AGGAAUUACAUUACCAGGGAAGUGCGGAAUGUUUCCGAACAAGAAGAUGCAAAGGAAUUCGGGAAAUAUUUGUUAAGGAUGAAAGAGAAGAAUCCGAAUUUCUUUUUCGAGCUCCAACUCGAGGAGGAUCAAUCGAUUAAGCUGGCCUUUUGGGCCGACGCAAGAAGCAGAGCGGCCUGUGAGUAUUUCGGAGACGUCAUUUCAUUCGACACCACCUACAAUACAAACAGGUAUAAUUUGGUCUGUGGUUCUUUUGUCGGGGUGAAUCACCACGGCCAGUCAACACUUCUCGGAUGCUCUUUGAUGAAGAACGAAGAAAUUGAAUCAUUCAAAUGGUUAUUUCAAUGCUGGCUUCGUUGCAUGGGAGGAAACGCUCCGAAAGGGUUUCUCACCGAUCAGUGCGCAUCAAUGAAAAGGGCUUUAGAGGCCUGUAUGCCAACAACAGUUCACCGCUGGUGUAUUUGGCACAUCAUGAAGAAGAUUCCAAGCAAAUUAAACGGGUACAAGGCACACGCCGAUGUCGAACAACAAAUGAGCCAUGUUGUUUGGAACUCUCACAGCAAAGACUCAUUCGAUAGGAAUUGGAACGAUUUUCUGGUGAAUUUUGGUCUUGCGGACAACAAGUGGCUCUCAGAUCUGUACGAAGACCGUCACAUAUGGGUUCCUAUCUAUCUGGACCACCACUUCUGGGCAGGGAUGAGAAGCACACAAAGGAGCGAGAGCAUGCAUUCAUUUUUAACAAGUACAUCACCCGUAACAGCUCGCUCAUUCAGUUCGUCAAACAGUACGAUAAUUGCCUCGGAAGCAGGGAGCAAGCAGAGAGAGAAUCAGAUGCUGCAGAUUUUCAUACGGUCAUACCAUGUGCAACCAAAUCCCCCAUCGAAACCCAGUUUCAAGAUGCGCUAUUCAGUAUACGAAGUCGGAGAACAAGUUUCCAGCUCAAUAUUGGACAAGUUCGCGGUUACCUACGACUCAGUUGCACCCGAGAUAAACCUGUUUGAUGCUGCAUCAGCGGCGCAUUCAAGUAGCAGCCAAUACCAGGGACAAGUUAUAAAUUAUCAGUUCAGGGUACCAGCAGCAGGGAUAACUCUUUGGGUGUAUAGUUAUAGGGAGUAUGGGUGUAAAAUCCCUGUUACCUUUGGGUGUAUUUUUGUUAAUAGACAAUUUACAUAUAGACACAUAUAUAGAUACAUAUAG